CUCAAAAACAUGCCGACGACUACACCCGAGACUGAGCUGCCCAGAGAAUCGACACAGCGGCAACUAGAUAAUAUCAAGUUGUCCGUCCCUUGACAGUCAAUUGACCAAAAUUCCUUGUGUGUGCGCCAAUACGGCGGCUCGGUGGGUGCCAAGAUUUGCGGGCAAGAAAGCAACGGUCCUUGCGCCGCCGAAAAGCCACCACAAGCCCUUGGCACCUCGUCCACGCCGGGCUCCUCGGUUCGUCGCCCGCGAACCAUGGUCGCCCUUCCGUUGUUCAAGCUCGGCGCGCUCUUUCUCAAGCACGUCUCCAAAUAUGGCGCCAACCGGAUAAAGAUCCAGGCCCAUGACCACCCAAGGUUCCGAAAGUUCGCGGCGCGCUAUGGCCAAGUGAUACACCAGAUAAACAUGCGGCUCUCGGUCGCGAGCCUGAGGAACGUCGAGGCCGAGAUGAAGGCCAAGGAGCUGGCCGAGACCCCCACCGUCAAGACCAAGGAGCAGACGGAGAAGGAGGAGAGGGCCAGGGCAGCCGGACCCGCCAGCCGGUUCCGGAGCGUUUGGAAGCGCCGGUUUAGGCCGCUGCCCGAGGCCAAGGCCGUCGACCUGUUCGCCGACGUGCUCGGCGACACCUUCAUCCUGCUCAUCGCCAGCGCCCUCCUCAUCUACGAGUACCAGCGCGCCGCCCAGAAGCCCGACACCAACCUCGAGAGGAUACAGGAGCUCGACGGGCAGCUCGAGGAGCUGCGCAGGCGCGAGGAGGAGCGAGAGCGCAACGAGAGCGCCCAGGCCAGCAGGAUCCUCGCUCUAGAGGAGGCGCUGCGGAACUACAAGGACCCCAAGACGAAGCUUCCUCUACUCCCGUCACCGUUGCCACCAGCACCAGCGGCUGAAUCGGUGCCAUGAUCUCGACUAGCUGCCGCAGGUGACCUAUUUCCUCGGCUCAUUAUCUCGAUCUAAGGGGCUAGCGUAGAAUUUUGUCCCAAGCUGGAAUCUCCUCUUGCAUAUAUAAAACCAUACGAUAUCCCGCUCCUUCUUAGCCCGCUCCAACAACAUGCAGUAUAUAUCCAUGCCACA